GUUCGGUAUCUCCCCUCUUUCUCCCCGCGACGAGAAGCUCUUCUUGAUCCCGGCUGAUCGCUCUCCUUUGAGAUGCUUUUUAGUUCUAACACUUGCCUUCUCUCCACCCUCUUUUAACUAGAGACCGGUUAAUCUUGAGCGAACUGAACUUGGUUUGGAAUCUAAAAUAAAGAGGAACACCCAGAGGGAUAACGGCACACGUCUUUGGAUAAGGACCGCUAUCGCUUUCCCUUGUUACACUUCAGGGAAGGUUUUCCCUUUCAGUUGGGUUUUGUUAAUCCAGGUGGCCUUGUUCUGAGAGUGCAAGAGGAUUAUUCUACGCAAGUUGGUGCUGAGCGACAUCCCUGAAGGCUGUUUACAUGUUCUCCAUCCAGGACAGUCUCCCUCGGGGAGCCUUGACCAUGAAAGAGGAACCCCUCACGAGCGGCAUGACUCCGGUCCGCUCGUGGAUGCAGAGCGCGGGGAUACUAGAUGCCAACACAGCAGCACAAAGUGGCGUGGGCCUGGCACGAGCGCACUAUGAGAAGCAGCCCCCCUCCAACCUGCGCAAGUCCAACUUCUUCCACUUUGUGUUGGCGCUGUACGACCGCCAGGGCCAGCCCGUGGAGAUCGAGAGGACCUCCUACGUGGACUUUGUGGAGAAGGACAAAGAGUACAAUGGGGAGAAGACUAACAAUGGCAUCCACUACAGAUUACAGCUACUCUACAGUAACGGCAUCAGGACAGAGCAAGACCUGUACGUGAGGUUGAUAGACUCCAUGACAAAGCAGCCAAUCAUGUACGAGGGCCAGGACAAGAACCCAGAGAUGUGCCGCGUUCUCCUCACCCACGAGAUCAUGUGCAGUCGGUGUUGUGACAAGAAGAGUUGCGGGAACCGAAACGAGACACCGUCUGACCCCGUCAUCAUCGACAGAUUCUUCCUGAAGUUCUUCCUCAAGUGUAACCAGAACUGUUUGAAAAACGCCGGGAACCCCAGAGACAUGAGGCGAUUUCAGGUGGUGGUCUCCACUACGGUCAACGUGGACGGUCACGUGCUGGCCGUGUCGGACAACAUGUUCGUGCACAACAACUCCAAACAUGGCAGAAGGGCCCGACGUCUGGACCCAUCCGAAGCAGCCACGCCCUGCAUUAAAGCCAUCAGCCCUAGCGAGGGCUGGACAACCGGAGGGGCCACGGUCAUCAUCAUCGGUGAUAACUUCUUCGACGGACUGCAGGUGGUCUUUGGCACCAUGCUGGUUUGGAGCGAGCUCAUCACACCCCACGCCAUCCGGGUCCAGACUCCUCCGAGACACAUCCCCGGUGUGGUGGAGGUCACACUCUCCUACAAGUCCAAGCAGUUCUGCAAAGGAGCUCCAGGACGCUUCGUCUACACUGCCUUGAACGAGCCCACUAUUGACUAUGGAUUCCAGAGGCUACAGAAGGUCAUCCCCCGUCACCCUGGAGAUCCCGAGAGGUUACCAAAGGAGGUUCUCCUGAAGAGGGCUGCUGACCUGGUCGAGGCUCUUUAUGGCAUGCCACACAACAACCAGGAGAUCAUCCUGAAGCGCGCGGCAGACCUGACGGAGGCCCUGUACAGCGUCCCGCGCAGCCACAACCAGCUGCCCUCCCUGGGCGGCUCCGGGGCCCACUCCGGCAUGAUGGGGGUCAACUCCUUCAGCAGCCAGCUGGCCGUCAACAUCUCCGAGGCCUCGCAAGGUGACCAGGGUUACUCGCGUAACUCCAACAGCGUGUCCCCUCGCGGCUACGUCCCCAGCUCCACACCGCAGCAGUCCAACUACAACACCAUCACCUCCACCAUGAACGGCUACGGAGCGGGCAUGACCAACCUGGGGGUACCCGGCUCACCCAGCUUCCUCAACGGCUCCUCCGCCAACUCCCCCUACGCACUCAAACAGAAGAGCGCCUUCGCCCCCGUCGUGCGACCACAGACCUCCCCGCCCCCCACCUGCACCGGCACCAAUGGGAGCAGCCUACAGGCUAUGACCGGACUCAUAGUCCCCCCCAUGUAAAGAGGGAGGACUGCCCUUUGAAGGCUUUUAUUGUGCCCAUGACAAACUCACUGGCCCAAGAACUCCCUCCGACAGCAGCUUAUCAAAUACCAUCAUCCCACUGAGGAGAACGAUGAACAAAAAAAAAAGAACGAAAGAAACACCCUUUACACCUGGACAACUGAGAGAAAAAAAGGACGAUGAAAAAGAAGAACUAGAAGAGAAAAAAAGAAAAGAAAAAUUCACCUGGCAACCAGUGCCCCUGGAGUCAGUAGGUUAUGUUUGUGUUGGUCUUUUGCCUUCAUCGCCAUUUUUUGUUGUUGUUUUGCUUCCCUUUUUAUCGAGGUGGGGAGGGGGGGUGGUUCCUCUGUGUGGAUGCUGAGAAGGCUGAUGCUCCCAUCCUUGUCACCAGAUGGCAUUUUUGUGCAUUCAGUGAUGUUGUACGGGUAGGACUAUCUGAGACGCUAUCGCACCGCAGACUCUGUGCCAUAGCUUUGAUAUGUAAACGGGCCCCCCUUGACUGUGAACUGGGUGGGCUUACGGCUCAGUUGUGGAUGGAGGACAGACCUCUCUCUCUCUCUCUCUCUCUCUCUCUCUCUCUCUGUCACUCUCCUUUUCCUUCUCUAUCUCUCUCUGCUUCAUCUCAGCGCUGUUCCUCUAUCAGGAGAAAACAGAGGAUGUCAAAGCAUCAAGUCCAUGCAAAAUUAGAACAGGGAAAUAAAAUUAACAAAAGCAAAUGGAGCAAACUGGGGAGGGGGUUUGGGAACUGGAUCCAUAAAAUAGGAUCCCACUGGAUCCCAUAGGAUCAAAAUACUGAUUUUCUUUUCUAAAAAUGUUCUCCCUCUUUACAUUAACCAAACACCGAACCACUGCAAAUUUAAUUUUUAUUUUGUCAGCAGUUGUCCAGGAUUCAAAAUGUCACAUUUGUAAAUGGACUGCAAGUCCGUCAUUCAGCCCACAAGGGGAGAAAAAGAAUUUGAAUUCAGGUGAGGAAGACACACUAGCCUUUGUUCAUAUCUAACGAAAGCCAGGGAAUUCCCUCGUCUGGGAUGUCAAUCAUUUUUAAAAUCAAAUUGUCAAAGUAGGUGCAGUACAUUUGAAGGUAUGUGGGAUUGGUAGAUUUUAUCCAAGAAUGCUUGAUGCAGUUUUACUCACAUUUAGGUACUGGAGUUUAUUGUUGACCUUCCUAUUGUGCUUUUUUUGUAUGUAUUUAUAAAAUAUGUUUUGGGAUUGAUUUGGUGAUUUAGGCCUGAAUAAUAGUAUCAAAUAUAUAUGUAAACACAUUUGAUGUCUUAAUACCUUUUAGAUAUUGUAAAAAGAGUGAGGAAGUAAUAACAAUAAUAAUGAAUUACACAUUUUUGUAAAAACAAAAACGAAUGAAGUCUAGACAUUACCAGGUCACCCUGUUUUUUUCAAAGCAGGAUGGAAGCUCGUCCACUUUUGUAAAAACAAAACAAAAGACAUUUUUUUCUGAUUCAAUAUUUAACUUUUUUUGUAAACAGCAUUUGUGUUUUCCUUGGUCUUCUUGUUGUUUGUGUGUUUAAUGUGAAAUGUGUAUAAUCAUAGUUAUCUCUUGAUGCACUAUUUUAGUUGGGGCACUUACGAGAGCAAUGCAUCUUAGCAGAGAAAAGAAAACAAAAAUUGUAAAGAAAAAAAAAGAAAAAAAGAAAUACAAAUAUGCACAGAUAUGUUUUCAACCAUUUUUGGAUUGAAUUAGUCUUUUCUUUUCUUGGUCAUAAUAGCAAAAAUGGCUACACUUUCAUCAUGUGAAUUUUUCUAUAUUUCUAAAGCUAUCCCAUAAUAUUCCCUACUCAAUGUAAGGUUACUUUCUUAGAUUAGACUCUUCUCAUCACUCAACUGCUUAUUAUCUGGCUCAUCCCCCAUCAGAACUGUAAACCCCAGAUCUCAACGUCGUAUUUUUUAUUUUAAUCUUUUUUUGUGUGUGAAGACGAAUGUAACAUUCUUGUUUGUAAAGAAUCAUAGCUGCACAGAUUUUUUGAAACCUGCCGAAAAAUGUCCGCAGGAGGAGGGGGAUGUGGGUGGUGUGACGUUGCUCAGUGACAUGGCCACCAUGUCCCUCUCUUCCCCUUCAAGCGUUCCACUGAUGUUUAUUGUUGUUGUUGGUGAUGUCGUUGUUGUCGUUGCACACUCUCUGUACCAUCUUACUUAUGCAAUCUGUAUUUACUGUAAUGCAAGCAACUGUCGGUCCACUUCUCUGUGGGGUAGUUGUGUGAUCAAAAAUAAAAGAACAAAAGAUAAUUGAUGCCUUAUAAUAGACUGUGCUCCAGCCCAAGCUUUUUUCCGUUGUUUUGAUAUGCUACGAUUACAAAUUACAAAGGUGGUCUUAGACACUUGUCAGCAUUUUUUGCUUCAGUGUGAACAUAUUUAUGGUUGUAAUUUGACUGAUAGACUCUCAGUGGUCUCACAGUAGUUUUCUUGAGUAGCAUAUUUUGUUAUUUGGGGGAUUUUGUUUUUUGGACAUAUAGGGACAUACACAAUUUUUGUACAUGUUUUUUUGGAGGAGACUUGAUGCUGAGAUGGAAAUGCUUACAAUAUCAGAAUUCCAUGUGUAUUUGAAUAGUCAGCAACAACGGCAACAUACUGUAUGUCUGUAUAUUUUGUAAAUGACCUGGCUUGUGGGGACACAAGGACCUGAUGUCACUGUCUUGGAUAUGUGUGUGUGCGUGCGUGCAUGUGUGUGUGUGCGUGUGUGUGUAUGUGUGUGUGUGUGAGUGUGUGCGCACAAGAGUGUGCGAGAGAGGGCGCAAGCUUUUCGUGUGCUGAGUGUUUCACACUCUGUGUGUGUGUGUGUGUGUGUGUGUGUGUGUGUGUGUGUGUGUGUGUGUGUGUGUGUGUGUGUGUGUGUGUGUGUGUGUGUAAACUGUGUGUAUGUCCCACUACAAAAUUAUUUCUGAGUCAAGAGGCAAUGUGAAUUAUGGAACAGUCAUGUGAAUACAUGACAGAAAACACAGGAAAUCAGACAUGACAUUGCCCUGUUGAACUGAAAACAUUUGAAUUCAAUAUCACGGCUCUCACGAAAACAAGGCUACAUUUCCGACUCAAAACCACACUUAACUGUACAAACUUCUUCACAUUCCCUGUAUCCAUUUCACCCAUGGAUUGAGUUUUGUUCUAGCUUGUGAAAAUAUUUUUGUCAUAGAUGUAGAGAACUGGCUUCUGAUUCCUUCGUUUUCAGCAGAUGUUUUUGAAACUGCAGACUGCUCUGAUUUUCCCUCCUCCGAUGUUAAACUCAAAGUGAAAAGGGGAAAAGGUACUGCAUCUUUGUGAAAUAUGAAAUAUUAUAACAAAGUAUAUUAAAAAAAAGCACAAUGUUUAAUUCUUGUCUUUAGAAUUCAAAAUGGGUCAGAAGCACCCUCUUUUCAUUUUCCUGUCAGUUUCCAUUGCUGUAAAUAGGAUGCAUGUUUUUUUUCCCUGUGACUCAGUGCUUUUUGUACAGAAACUAAUAAAGAUUACAUUUGGCUUGA